CUAUCUUAUCCUCUCCACCCUACUCAAUACACGGCACAGUUCCAUCCAUCCAUGCACCAGCAAUAUUCUCCCCAUUCCCGGCCUCUCCCCCCGACGUUAUUCAAUGAUCCCGCAUUUUCUCCGGAUCCGCGAUACAACCUCCACUUCUUCAGCAUGAACGACCGCGAGGAGAUCUACCCUGCAAGUGUCUCAGAUAGCCUUUCAGACUACGCACCAACCGUCGCCGAUGAUGAAUCCGAGGUCGACCAUAAUCACCUCCCACCUCGCAUGCGCCGCUUGACAAACCCUCAUGGCGACGUUGUCGUCCCCCACGCCCAGCACGCCCGCUCUCAGUCCACGCCGUACAUCCCUGCUACACCCCCUCCGCAAAACCUCUCGCGAUCAACCUCUGCCAGGGUUAUUCCUGUUCCUCCACCGAACCCCACCACACGCUCGUCCACCCCGGGCUCAGAUCAUCAUCGAAGGUCUUCGCGAGAGGAGCUUCCUCAACACGUUCACAGACCACCUUCAGGACAUGCUUCUGCGUCCGCUGCCGCUCAAGAUUACUGGCAAGCGCCGCCGCCCUACUAUGACUCCGGGAGUGAUUCCUCUUCUUCAUCGAAUCCACAGACGCCUUCGAGCUCUCCACCUUUAUCUACUCAUCAUCAUCUACCGAGAGAGUCAAAAAGAUCCCUCGUCGCUGCCCCUCCAUUACCCAAGAACCGCUCUCCAUCUGAAGCGCAACACACUUCUUCUGCUAACCCCUCUAGCGCUUAUGGGGCCUCGCAGCCUAGGAACGACGUCGCUGCUCCUGCCCCCCAGACAUCCUCGGUGAAGUCAUCUGCGGUCCGCCCUGCGAUCAGUCCCCGCAAUGCCUCCGCUCCAGAAUUGCAUCCUCCACCGCCCCCCGUCGACGUCCCACCACGCCCUUCCACUGUGCCCAUACCUGCACCGCCACGCGAGGGGCCGUCUGCUCCGCUUCGCGGUCGCAGAAAGAAUAGCACGAAUCCGAGCAUCUCUACACCUCCGCGCGACCUGGACAGCAUCGACGAGCUCGACGAGUCCGAUCCACUUGGAUUUGCGUGGCACCAUGACGGGCCGUACGAGGCCAUCGCCAAAGCGACAGGCUCUGGUCUCAUCCCAGGAGCGGGCGCUCCAGCGAAGAAGUCCUCCAAGCCGAAGCGUAAGCCCGUCCAACCUUACGACAGUGUCUCGGUCGGGGUCGUCCCCGGCCAGAUUUUCCCGUCGGUCUCGCAGUACCAGCCGCAGGUCGCUGGCAACGGGAUUCAGGUGGACCCUAGUGCGCUGCCCCCGAAGCCGCCGCCCGAGAAUUUCCAAGUUACGUCCCCCCCGAGGAGUCCGCUCGCGCUGCCGGUUCAGCGUCACGUUCCUCCCACCGGCCGUCCUCCCCCGACCCCAGACCAGUACAACAAUGUGCACCUGAACCUCAUGGCGAACUCGGGUCCGCCGCCGCCGAUCGACCUCUCUGCGACGGUUUCCGAAAUGCGGGACUCGCGAAUGCCGCGUCCCCAGCCCGCGCAGCCUUCUCCAGAAGCUCAACGGGCUCACGAUCGUCGAGCUUCCCGGGCUCCCACGUACUCGGAUGCGCAGCACCUGGACGUGCCGCAGCCAUCCCCCCCGCUGCCGAACCCGUACUCCCCGGUCGGCUCCUCGUUCCCGAAUGCGCCCCCGGCCGCGAGCCGGCACGAGUCCAGCCGGCCUGCUUCCGUGAUGAUGCAGCCACGCGCUGACCUGCCUCCGUCGAACGUCGUCCCGCGGCCGGACAUCGCGCUCCCACCGGACCGCCAGCAGAAGGAGAAGGGGAAGUCGCUGUCGCUGCUCCCGCGGCAUCUGCCCAAGAAGCUCGUCAUGCCCGCGCCGCUGCAGCCGAACCAGAACCAGAAUCAGAACCAGAACCAGCAGAACGUGCAGCCUGGGCAGGCACACGUCGAGUUCCUUGCGCAGCGCCAUGCGCCUUCUGCGCCGUCGCUGCUCUCCGCGACGGGCUCGUCGGUGUCGGUCAACACGCAGCAACAGCAGCAGCAGCAACAACAACAACAACAGCAACAGCAGCAGGUGCGUGCAAAGGACAUCCCGAUAAGCCACGGGCCGAAGCUCCUGCGGAAGAGGCAUACGACCGGGGCGCCGCUGCCCGAGCCGUCCAUGGCGUCGAACACGACCGCGGCGAUGUUCGCGGCGAAGGUGCGGUUCGCGGAGCCGGCGAGGGAGGAGUCGAGGGAGGAGCGGAAGAAGCGCGAGAAGGAGGAGGCGCGGCGGGAGAAGGAGGAGGCGAGGAGGGAGAAGGAGCGCGCGAAGAUGCGGCUGCCGCCCGAGGUCCCGCUCCAGGGCAUCUUCGCGGUCGACUACGUGAAGGAGGCGGAGCUCACGCGGGAGCGCGAGUUCGCGAAGGCGGCGGACGCGGUUGCGUCGAAGACGUCGGGGCGGAAGCUGAGCAAGCGCAGGUGAGGCUGCGUCGUGCUUCGGCGGGUCGUUGUGUUGUGUCGUUGCGUCGGCGUGUGCAGGGCAGGGCUGCUGUCGCGUUAGGCGGGCAGGCUGCUGCGUUGGUUUGUGUGUGUUUCCUAUCAGGUCGGGAGCCGGUGGGGUGUCGCCGGUCUUGCACCUUUCUUGGGCCCUCUUCUCCGUCAUGCUGUCUAGGUCGUUUCUUGCUUUGCCCCCAUCCCCGCUUCCCAUCACAGUCAAAACGGACGGUCUUCCCGCAGAUGUUGUGCAGUACCUAAUACCUUUAGCUGUUGUCCGCUGUUCAAAUCGCAUCAUUCCCAUAUUCCCGUCGCAUGGCAUAUCCCCAUUGCUCCGUGUACUCAUCGCUAAUACCUGUAUCAGCACCACACUCCUGGAGAUUCCUUCCCCCCAUAUUGUAUUCCCACCCACAUCGCGCUGCAUUCACGAAGUGUAUGUAACUAUC